AUGACGCCGUAUCUUCAAAACUUGUCAUUUCCGUUACGCCCUGGACUAGAAUGGUUGCAAGCUGCCCUGCUCUUCCGCUGCCUCCCCCUCCUCCCUUUCUCCCACUACCUCUCUCGCCUGCACCUCCUCCUCUCCACCCUCGCCACCCUCCUCCCCUCCAUACUCCCCAUCCUCGCCCUCCUCUUCACCACCCUCUCCCUCUUCUCACUCGCCGGCACGCACCUUUUCGGUGGCCUCCUCUCCUCACACCACCCCCAGCUUCAAACCACAGACUACUUUCAAUCCGGCUUCCUACCACUCAAUUUCAAGGACUUCCCGGCUUCGAUGGCCGUGGCUUUCAACCUGUAUAUUGUGAACAACUGGUAUGUGAUCAUGGAUGGGGUUGCAGCAGUGCUGCCAGCAAAGCAGCAGUGGAAGGCGCCUGUGUACUUUGCGCUGUUUUACGUGGUCAUUGUGGUGUUUGUGCUCAAUGUGGUGGUUGCUUUCAUUCUCGAAGCCUUUGUGAGGAGUUGA